AUGGUUUUACUUGGGCUUGGUCUGUCUGCUGCCUUGACCUUUUUCCUAGUCUCCUAUCUCCCCAAGUACUCCAUCGCUGGGUCGUUUGCAUGGACGUUGCCAGCUCUCUUUACAUGUUACCUUCUACUCCGAGCCCUGUAUUUUGUCAUUUUAUACCCUAUCUUCUUCACACCAUAUAGACAUUUGCCCGUCCCACCAGGAAGAAGUGUUUGGAAUGGACAUUUCAAAAUCCUGCAGGCAUCUUCCCAAGGCACGCCAAGUGCAAAAUGGACCAGAGAAGUUCCCAAUGAUGGGCUCAUUCGGUAUUAUUUCAUGUUAAACCGAGAGCGGCUGCUGGUCACAUCAACAAAGGCCUUGGCAGAUGUGCUCGUUAACCGGGCUUAUGACUUUGAAAAGACCCGGGCACUGGUUGCAUCUAUAAGCUGGGUUACCGGCACUGGAGUCAUCCUUGCCGAGGGGGAUGUACACAGGCUUCAAAGAAAGCACUUGAACCCUGCCUUCUCAUUCCGCCAUAUCAAAGAGCUCUACCCUAUUUUCUGGCAGAAAUCGGUAGAGAUGACCGAAAGGAUUGCACAAGACAUUGCCGCUCUCCCUACGAAUGAAAAGAUUGUUUGCUUCGCUGACUAUACCGGAAGAGCAACCUUGGAGAUAAUUGGCCUAGCCGGCAUGGGUUAUGAUCUUGAUUCGGUGAAUGAGCUUCGGGAGGAGUACCGAAAGAUGUUCAGUACCCCAGGCCGCUUCACUGGAAUUAUUCGGAAUAUCGUCUUUUUGACUUGGCCAGACUUGUUUUUCUAUUUGCCACUUCCGUAUGUAAAGGCAAUCACUGCUGCGUCACAAAAGACCCGCACAAUCUCUCGUCAACUUGUCCAGCGGAAGCGACACGAGCUCUCCUCUAAGAAGAUUGAUGAUUCAAGUGGUGAUAUUAUAUCCGUUGCCCUUGAAAGUGGCAACUUCACGGAAGAAGGCCUAGUAGACCAGAUCAUGACCUUCCUGGCUGCUGGCCACGAAACAACCUCAGUAUCUCUACAGUAUGGCACACGCAUACUAUGCACCCACCCAGAAGUGCAAAGUCGACUGCGUGAAGAAGUCAGGGCUAAGAUCCCGUCCACAGGGCAAAAUAGGGAUGCAAAUGGGUUACCACAUAUAUCCUCCUCCCUACUUGACACGUUACCAUACCUCAACGCAUUUUGCAAUGAGCUCUUCCGCUUCUAUCCACCGGUCACUGUCACGUCUCGUCAGGCAAUUCGUGAUACCGUCAUAGCCGGCCAACCUAUUAAGAAAGGGACAACAUCGCCAUUGCACCCCGAGCAACCAACCGAAACCCGGAGUUCUGGGACCAGAUGCCGAUGUCUUUAA